AUGAAAACAACAUCAAUAGAUCGAAACGAUGGUGGUUGUGGCGGGGGUGGUGAUGAUUACGGCGGUGGUGGUUGUGGCGGAGGUGGUGAUGAUGGCGGCGGUGGUGGUUGUGGCGGAAAUGGUGGUUGUGGAAUGGGUGCAUACUGUCCUCCACCUGUUUUGACCCAAGAACUUCAGUCACAGGUCAUGAGCUCCAUUAUUCUUUCUACUGUUAAAGGGAAGUCGAAAGAGGGCUGCAAGUUUGUGAGAGUUUUGUAUGCUUUAACAACAAUGGGAGCCCCUUGUUCCUUGAUAUACUUCUUUGCAGCUAAGGUCAUGGUGGUGGACCUGGUGGUGAUUCGCUGGAUUUGCAGAAAAGUAGGAAGAUGA